ACGUAGUUUGAGUAAGAACAUGGCUACUUCAAUGGUGUCAAAAGUGUUUGUUAUCUUCCUAGUUUUUCUUUCAUUGGUUUUUGUCAAUUCAGAGGCAAGACUUUUAUUGCCUAAGUCUACACCCAUCAUGGGUAAAAGGAUUAACACUGAACUUCUUUUACGUGACUUAGUCAAAAAUUCAAAAGUUAGAGAGUAUCAACAGAAGAGGUCGAUGAUGGGAGCAAGAUUGGAGAGGUUAUCACCUGCUGGACCAGAUCCUCAACAUCAUUAGAAUGAAAAAGUUUUGAAGUUAGUUUAUUAAUAAUUUAUACAAGUUAUAUUUCAUUUUUUGUAAUAUGUGUUUGCAAAAAGUUUAUGUUUUGUUUGUUUCCAAAUAAGAAGAGUAUUGAUUAGUUGCUUAGGUUCUUGUAGUUAUAAACU